AUGCUGAAUCAAUACAGGUUGAAUGAGGCUCUUGCCAGAGAGAAGGUCAGGGCGAACAAGGAGCUGGUUAGGUUGAAUGAGCUGAAUAAAGCUCUCGGUAUUGGCUCACAGCAAAACGGAAAGCAGUUGCGAUCGACCAAAGGAUUAGUAGGAACAGUUUUUGAGGAGCAGAGGGUCUUCCUUACCUCCCCCAACUCUCCUCAUAUGGUUGAUCCUCUUGUGGGGACACGAAGGAUCCAUUUAUGGCAUGACCUUCACUUUGGCCUUGAAGAUCCUGUCUUCCAUCCGCAACCAAUCAAGCGAGGCACAGAGCAUCUGGCUCUCAUUCCCUAUUCCACCACAGACUAUUCGAGCCCCCAUCUUGUAGCUUGGAAAAUGCUAAGAGAGAUCAAUUUUGAACCUGCAGCACCAACGGACCUGUCACGAGGACUAGGAAAACUGUCCAAAAACUUACGGCGUUCAAUGCAGGAGCGAUUUCCAAUUCGGACGAAGCAGUUGAGUGAUGUUAUAAGGCUGGUGGCUGCUUCUCAAAGCGCUGGGAUAGGUUUCGACUCCAAUACCCCACCUCCAAAUGGCUGCGAUAACAGAUAUGCCCUCCCUAACCCUAAUGUCAUUGCAGGCACAGCUAAUAAGGUUACUAGUGAAGCUUCCUUGAGGACCUGGCUGAAGCUACACCCUGUUCUCCUCUAUUGGCUUCAAUCCCUGACUUUCUGCCCCUUGAGAGCAAGGGAUUGGCGAGCAGUUCUUGGGAUGGAGGUACAUGGAUUGAAAGAGAACACGCAUGCAGCGGCAGUCCAGAAAACUCAGGAGAAAAUGCUCCAGGAGUGUUUAGUAUCUGGAGAAAUGGUGGGUAGCAUCAAUCUAUUAAACCUGGCAGCAGCUCCAGUCAGAUGGAAUGGUGCUGAACUAUCAUCACUGAUUCCCAUCUCCAUUGUCAAGGAGAUUUGCUACUGGACAGAGAAGUCUUUCCAUGAUCGUGAGGUCAUGGUCAUUGGAACCAUGUUAUACUUUAGGUACAGCAUGAUUCCCUGCAGCUUGGAGCAGGGGAAGAUGGGAUUCAGCUCGAAGGACCUCAAUAUCACUGCUGGUCGUUACCAUGCCGUUUGGGGGCUACUGAUGGUCAUGAAGGGAUGGAAAGGAGGGCCUGGAGAGUUGCCACCUCGACUACAGGAUCCACUGGUAGAGCAACAGCUGGAUAUUUAG